ACAGGUUUCUGCAAAAAUGACAAAAACCAUGAUGCCCGCCUGCGAAUCGAAGCCUUGCGACUCCAUGGGUCUUCUCUGAAGGGUGCCGUCAAGGCCGGCGAGGCUUUCUUUGCCAUUUACCCCCGCACCAACCAGCCGCGCAUGAACCUGUUUGCCAGCCGAGACGAAGAUGUGUAUCGCUACAGCGACAUCAUGGUGCUGCUGCGAGUGGGUCCAGAUGACCUGGCCAUGCAUUGCGGGAGGCUGGCCUUCACCGUCUCCUUCCAUGAGCACCGACCGUUUGCCAAGAAGCAGAGGCCCAUCACGCCUCGCCGCCUCUCGCCGUUACCUCCCUCCAAGGCGGAGGAGCUGGCCAAAGGAGACAAAACCAGUUACCCGUCUCCGUCCCAGUCUCUGCAGGUCCCUCAUCUGAUCUAUCCUGGUUCUACUCCAGAGCCAUCCACUUCGCUUUUAUUCAGCAUGGAGUCCAACACUCCUGAGUUGCUCACCGAACCUCCUGUUCCCUAUCACAAAGCUCCUCCAGAAGAAAUGGACGAUCCAUCACAUGACAGGUCAUCGGUAUCUCUGCCAUCUUCCUUAUCCUCCUCGCCAGUUUUGCUGCGGCGGUUGCCAAGUGAUGCAAGUCUCCACCUCCCAUCUCCAGAAAACAGCCCUAAGUGGGACUUCGAGGAGAGUUUUUCAAGACUGAGAGUCAAGGAAGAUCCGGCUGAACCCGGACAGCCUUCCAUAACUUCGCCGACCAAUGAGUGGCAUCUGUCAAACCCCGAAAAGGAAUCCAUCACCAUCACUUUGCACGGAGCCAAAAACCUGCCCUCCACCCGCAAGGGCAACGUCCCCAAUCCGUAUGUCGUGGUCAAAACCAGCUCCGAUGAAGAGAACAAGCUGCCAGCCCAAGGCACGACACACGCAGCCACGGAGCCCUCGCACUCUCCGACGUGGGAGGAGAAGGUGACAGUGGAGAUCGAUUCCGCCAAAGCAGGAGAAGAAGACGUUUCCCUGAGCAUAGCGGACAAAGACACCAAGGAGGUCUUGGCAAAAUACAACAUCCCUGUGAAGUAUCUGCGGCCCUUUCACCAUUAUCAUUGCGCUUUGGGGCUGCCUCGGAAGAAGGACCCGACUGGGACCACACUCUUCGCCUCCAUAGUCCGUAAAGGGAGUCUCAUCCCGAGAUAUGGCGGAGUGAAUUACACCGGUUUGGAGGUUUUCUUGAAAGGCAUCAACGAGCCUUUGGCACAAACGGAUGGUUCUAUCGUUGCCACGGCCAGAAUCGUGAACAACCUCAAAGCUUAUGCAAAGGAGAUGAAUUCUCGGCCGUUAGAUGCUCCUCCUGUUCCGUUGACUGUGGUCAACUUCCCAGAUCCCACGAUGGAGGAUUUCGACGUCCCACGGGUCAACAAUCACGGCUAUCCUCAGCUUUCUAAAGCUGCCGGAUCUCCGGAGAAGCCAACGUGGAACUCGACCUUCUUGUUCCAAGGAAGAGAUGGAGCCACGGCCUUCUCGGAUGACACCGCCUUGGUGAUCGAAUACUUCAAGUCACGACCUGGAGAAGAGCUGGGAGGUAGUCCCAAGCCUUUGGGUUUCUCGGUGCUGCCCUUAACCAACCGGGUGUAUCGGAAACUGGUGGCCGACAGCAGCAGGAGUGGCCUCCGUGUCGAAAGCCUUCCCAUCCAGGAUACAAAUCUACGAACCAAAUCAGGAGAAAUACCAACGGUCCAGCUCGGCCUCCAGUUAAUCAAUUCAGAGAGACCGGACACCUUUCUGAAUUCGUCUACUACAAGUGGCCUUCCCCUCUUGGAUCCAGCCCUUGUGGAUGAGCUUGGGACUAUCAAAGAGCCAUGGACCCGACCGUCUUCCAAAGCCGAGGCAAAGAACAGCCUCGUCCCUGUGCCUCACCGCACCCCCUCCAUUAUUGAACCCGAACGCAAGACUUCUGAAAUGGACCUCCUGAAGCUCCCACAAGAAGGGUUGCCAUCCCACGAAGCUUUGGCCGCGAUCCUUCCAGAAAAAGAGUAUGACAGGCCAAUUGUUGAAGAAAUUCCAGAGGUGGAGUCGGACAACUACCGCGUGGCCUUGCAGAGGAUGGCCGAGGAUAUCCUCUCCCUCCGUCGCCACAUCACCGACCUGGAGAACGAAAACAGCACCCUGAGACGCAACCUCAACAUGCACGAGGACGUGGGCCGAGCUCUCUUCCAGGACAUUGACUUGGACGCCAUGACCAAGGCGGAAAUAGUGGACCGAAUCUUGUCCCUCAAGCAAAAACUGUCUUCUGGAGCUCGGGAGAUGGCCAGGAUGAAGGACCGGGUGCAAAAGUUGCAGAACGAGCUCAUUCGGAAAAAUGACCGGGAAAAGGAUCUCAUGAUGCUCCAACGGGCCCACCAGCAGCAGCAGAUGGUGAUGAGGAAAUACCAGGCCAAGAUAUCCAAGAUGCAAGCGCUGGAAGGUGCCGUGCGGCAACAGGAGAAGGUGAUUGAGAGGAUGGAGCGGAUGUUGGAAGGGAAGAUGAAAGAUCAGCUCAAAGGCACCGUCCACAUGGCAGACGGAGCAGGUGUGGGUGAUAACUGGUCGAAGGACCUCUACUCCACUUUGCUGAUGGAGAACACAAGGCUACGGGAUGAACUUGGCAAAUCCCAUUUCAACUCCCCCAUCAUACUGCAGCAGCAAGCCUUACCAGAUGUGUUUUCUGCCAACACUGAAAAGCUCUCAUUGAUUUCGAAAUUGGAAAAGGCCGAGGCACGCAUCCAAGCUUUGGAGUUCCAGUUGGAGGGAUCUGCCCGAAAAUGGGGCCGGGAGAAGCAGGACUACAGCAACCGUCUUCUAGAACAAGAUCUGGGAUUUGUCCGCUCUCCAACCUCUCUGAUCCUCCAGGAUUAUUUGCUGGACGAGAAGGAAGGGAGACGGGAUGAAGAUGAGAAGACGCGCAAGGCCCAUGCAAUGAUGGACAAGUAGCGUGGUGCUUGGCUGGUUCCACAUAUAGAAGACUCAUUCAAAUCUCCUCCUAACACACCACAAGAAGUAUCAGAGUCUCCACCCACUACCAUAGCUCUGCAGGACCAGUGGCAUUUGACAUACUAUGUCAGGACAUAUUGAGAAAUAUAUGGAUACAUACACCCCUCCAUGGUUAUAUGCCUCUUCCCCAAGUGGCAAACAGAAUACCUGCCUCCGUAUUAAAGUCUUAACCCUUG